GGCCCAUUUUAGCAAACAGGGAAAAUACUUUUCUUCUCCGCUAGGUUAGAGACUAUCAGAGCCCAAAAUAAACUUGGAAAUCAAUCCACAACUAUCACUCGACUCUCCACUACUCUCGAUUCAAUCACAGAUAACACAUUCGAAUUAACGAAUUUCAUUUUCAAAUUCUUUAAAGAAUGUCGAAAUCGGCGAUAGAUGUUCCUCCAAAGGGUGGAUUCAGUUUCGAUCUUUGCAAAAGAAAUGAAAUGCUUGCCAAGAAAGGAGUUAACCUUCCCUCUUCUUAUAGGAAAACAGGAACUACAAUUGUUGGACUAAUUUUCCAGGACGGCGUCAUUCUUGGGGCAGAUACUAGAGCAACGGAAGGUCCCAUAGUUUGUGAUAAGAACUGUGAGAAGAUUCAUUAUAUGGCCCCCAACAUUUAUUGUUGUGGAGCUGGAACUGCUGCUGAUACAGAGGCAGUAACAGACAUGGUCAGCUCACAGCUACAGUUACACCGCUACCAUACUGGCCGAGAAUCACGGGUUAUUACAGCUCUGACUCUUCUUAAGAAGCAUCUUUUCAACUAUCAAGGUUAUGUCCAAGCUGCUCUGGUGCUUGGUGGGGUUGACUGUACUGGACCUCAUUUGCAUACUAUAUAUCCACAUGGAUCAACUGACACAUUGCCAUUUGCUACAAUGGGGUCUGGCUCUCUUGCUGCAAUGGCUAUUUUUGAAUCAAAGUACAGAGAAGGCUUGAAUAGAGAUGAAGGUAUAAAGCUUGUAACUGAAGCGAUAUGCUCUGGUGUAUUCAACGACUUGGGAAGUGGAAGCAAUGUCGAUGUCUGUGUUAUCACGAAGGGACACAAGGAAUAUUUAAGGAACCACUUAUUGCCAAAUCCACGGACCUAUAUCAAUCCAAAAGGCUAUGUUUUUUCAAAGAAGACUGAGGUGCUUUUGACAAAGAUUACACCAUUAAAGGAGCCAUCAAAGGAAAAAGAGGGAGUGAGUGAAGGAGGUGAAGCAAUGGAAGAGUGAAAAUCAUCAGGCCCUUAACGAUUCUACUGGGACCAGCUCUGGCCAUUUGGAAUGCUGUAUUUUGUAAUGUCCAGUUUCCAUGACUCCAAAUUAAACGUUGUGUCUUGGCAGCAGUCCUGCUAGGAAGACUGCCUAAGUGAAGAAUUUAUGUGUUAUGACUUUUUAACUCAGUUUUUGAAUAUUGCAGAAAUUAUGAUAGGGAGAAUUAGCAAUGAAGUACCAAUUCUCUUUGAUUUA